AGAUGGGUCACGGAUUCAGGGAUUCAGGGGUCGACUCGCCCAAGGAGUCUUCGAUGUUUAAUUCGCUUUCAUCCCACCUCGGCCGGGUUUGCUGACCGUCACCAGUCCUUCACUGCACAAGAAUCCCCUUGUGUCCUGGUCAACGAAUCUCGAAGAUUGGGCAUAUAUAAAGGCCCUCAGUAGCCGCCUUGCCUUCUGCCAGAACCUCCCGACAACAUCAUUUCAGCUACCUGAUCUUAGGUCGGAAAACAUUCACUACACCUUCACUCACUUCACUCACGACUCACAACCCGGUUGUUACCAUGACUUCACCGCUCGACCCGCACACCAAGUGCUAUUCGCACAUCAACGACGGCACUCAGGCUUUGCUCGACCGCUUCGCCGUGUCGGAGCUUUGCAAGGGAUGGCCCGUCUAUCGCGAUGCAUCCGAGUGGAAGAACUUUCGUUCCCUGUUUACCGACGAUGCCACUGUUUGGACGACCUGGAGCGGCCCCCGCUCCAUCGACGAUUUCAUCGCCAUCUCCAAAGCGGGCAAAGAAAACGGCGCCUUCAUCAUGCACCGCGAGUGCGGCACCCUCGUCGAGCUCAGCUCCGACCGCAACCGCGCCAUCGGCAAAAUGAAAGCCACCAUCACCCAGCGCUUCCGCUGGGCUCGCGGUGGCCACUGCAGGGACGAGACGAACGGCACCACUUCCAACGGCACCAAUGGCACCGAGACCAAAGUUCCAGUUCCAACUGAGUUCGACGUUGACUGCGACUGCCGCUUCAUCUUCUUCUGCGAGAAAAAUCCCACCACCGGCGAGUGGAAGACCAAGUACGUCAAGCUGUUCUACGAAAAGGACAAGGUCGUGCCCGUCAACGCUUGUCCCAUGCGCCACUCGCCGAAAUUCUCUCCCGAGGAACUCGCAAAGUACCCCGUCGGCUACCGCUACCUUGGUGCCGCACAGGCCAGGCUCGGGUAUAAGAUUGACUGCGUGCUUCCGACAGCCAGCGGGGAGCUGUGGGACAGGAUGUAUGCCGAGAUGGAGAAGUGGUUGGAUGGGAAGGAAGUGGAUCUGUUUUGGGAGCAUGGCUCGGAGCAGAAGUGACGGGCUAUUCAUGGAUUCGAUUCGGUAACGGAGACGGUGGGCGCAGCAAUCGGUCACGGUGAUACCCCGGAACUGGUCACAAGGCGUUUUACAGACAGACGUGGGAUGAUGGGUCAGGCGCCGUCUAGAUAGGUUGCUUUACCUUAGCUGAGGGAUAUGUAGAUGAAACGGCCGAGGGAUGAACGAAUCCGGAGGGUGCAGGACCAGCACCCUUCGCCAGGCAGCGGGCUUGGAGGAUUUGUUACCUCGAUGAGUACCUUAUGAUCUCUUCUUGUGUUGCCUGCCAGUGAGCUGACGUUUGCGUUUUCUCUGUACAUGUACUCAGCUCAGCUUGAUGUUACUGUCAGUUUGUGCACCUGUGAUGUUGU